AUGACGACCGGUACCAAGGUUGCAGACGAGGCGUCCGUCCACGGCGCUCGACCGGAGCAGCGCUACCAAGAAGAUGGUCCUUCCUUUAGGAGAGGGUCCACUGGUGCGCGCACCUCAGGAUAUCCGCCACCGCCGCCGUUGAAUGCCAAUUUGCCCCCAACACCCCACCAGAUCUGCGACAGGGCCACUCCCCGUGCAGAAGAAACUGGCAAGACGGUGGUCGCAAACGAAGCGCUUGCGCAAAAUGUCCAAACCGAGCGCCGACAGAAGAAGGAUUGUUUUCCCUUCAUGGAACUCCCCUCAGAGCUUCGCCUCGAGAUCUAUCGCAUGGCUCUCUCGCGCCCGAAACCCAUACUCUUGCACAUGCCCCGCCCGUCCGAAAAGGAGCAGAACCAAGGCGACUACCAAUGGGAGACGGAGGAGGACGGGCCAGAUCUGUUCGGCCGUCCGACGAGGAAUAGCGAGACCGUCGAUGUGGACCAAGACGAGCAGGAUCUCGUCCUGCCGCGUCGCAACGCGCCCGAUCGCCGCAUCGAGUCGAGAAAACAACUGCCCACGGGCGAUAGCGGCAUAAACACGGAUCCGCUGGUGCCGGCGCUCCUGCGCGUUUCACAGCUCAUCUACCGCGAAUCCCGGCCCGUGCUAUACUCUGAUAACGAGCUGGUGCUGCACCUACCAAGCGCGUUGUGCACGCUGUCGCAACUACAUCAGCGCAGCCGUAGUCUGAUCAAGCAUGUCAGACUCGCCAUCCCCACACAUCACGAUAUCUUGGAGGGCUUCGCGGACCUGGUGCGGCUUGGACUGCGGUACUGCUGGGGUCUGAAGACCUUCACGAUAAGCCUGCCGGAUAUGUUCCCCGAGGAGCGCCACGUCCCUUCCAGCACGACGAACGUGUACGCCAACGCUUUCCACAUCCUGCGCUGGCUGCCUAAGAACACGCUAGUGCAACUAGAAGGGAACGUGCACGAGGAGAUUCGCAAGGUGGUCGAGGAGAACGGACAGCUCUCGAAGAAGCUUAAUGAGGAACGAAUUGGACUCAAAAAGGACAAGGUAAUUGGCGUUAAGGCUGGGAACUUCUUCUCUCACCGAACGGAGGAUAGGGAACAACUCAAGUCACAGGCCUCGAGGUGGCUGGAGAUUUGA